GUCUUCGAACUUCUAUCAUGCUCUCAUGACCAUCACACUUCCCUCACUAUCUACUCCCAGCUAUGCCAUUUGGUACUGUCACCCUUAACGAUGGAAAUGAGUUCCCCACAAUAGCCUUCGGCACAGGGUCCACCAUGAAAUUCAAGGAUGUCACAGACUACGUGGGCCAGGCUAUCGAGAAUGGAUUUUCUCAUAUCGACACCGCACAGUUUUAUCAGACAGAAACCUACGUGGGCCUGGCUAUCAAGGAGAGCGGUCUUCCUCGCUCGAGCCUGUAUAUCACCACCAAAUACAGUGGUCCUGGGAAAUCACAGCAAGCUAUUCACCAAAGUCUGAACAAGAUUGGUAUCUCUUAUGUUGAUUUGUAUCUGGUGCACUUCCCGGGGGUCUUUUCUGAGUCUGUGUGGCAAGAGUUUGAAAAGAUGAAGAAGGAUGGAUUAACAAGGAGCAUUGGCGUCAGCAACUUUACCGUAGAGGACCUCCAGAAACUUCUCAAGACUGCGGUCACGAAACCUGCCGUUAACCAAAUCCGAUUCCACCCAUACAACUAUGUGUCACACAAAGCUUUGCUUGAAUACUGCUCAAAACAGAACAUCAUAGUGGAAGCUUAUGGAAGUUUGAAUUCUAUUACGCAGAAUCCUGGAGGACCAGUGGAUGCGGUCGUUAACGCCGCUGCUAAACGCAUAGGCGCAACUCCGAACCAAGUGAUUUUCUCCUGGGUCAGAAGUAAAGGUGUAACAAUCGUCACCACGACCCGGAGCAAGGAACGCCUUCAAGAGUACCUCGCUGUUGAAGAUCUUCCCCCACUCACUGCUGAAGAAAUUGCUGCCAUCGAUGACGCCGGUGCUAAAGGCCCUCCCUCCCAGCUGGUUGUUGCGAGGCUGGCAAUGCAACACAGAUUUGAAAAGUCUUCGUCGUUGGUCAUGUGGCUAACUAUUGCGAUUGUAUUUGGCUUUGUAACGUUUUUCAUGUUAUGAAGUUGUGCGGGGGAGGUAGGGGUUUGGAGUUAUUGAUAGGCGAAUAUAAUACGCCUCCAGUAUUUCUUGUUCCUGUCUUUUACCACACUCGUCAACCCGAUGUUGCUGACUAUUUUCGUAUCCGCGUCCUUUCACUCUGCACUACUACAUGAUGUAGUUGGUAGUCAGCUUAAGCAUAUCGACUGCGGCGUCACAUCAGUGUUGUAUUCAUUCAAAGGAGGCGUUUACUGCAUUCACAAGGGCAUUCACC